AUGGCCGCUACCGUCGUCGUGUUCGUCGUUGCGAGCCUAUAUAUCGCCACGGUGCUAAGCGCGCUCCUCAAGCCGCGACAGUACACAACCAUCGAGACCGACGUCGCGUACGACGGCCACAAUGCGUCGGUGGUUAGGACGCUCGACGGCUGCAUGGGCCUCGGUACGAGCAACGCCACGUGCACCAUCAAGGACUCGGUCGGCGUCCGCCGUCACGACGCGGCGCUCGCCAUUGUCCCUGCGACGAUCCCCGCGCGCCAUCACCGUUCGCUUUGGAAGCUCUGA